AUGAUUCUGUUGCUAUUGUUCACUGGACUUUGUUUGUACCUCUUUCAUGAGAUUUACUGGAAACGAAGACACCUUCCGCCUGGACCAAUCCCAUUACCUUUGAUUGGAAAUAUGUUGUCAAUGAUGAGAGAGAAACCUGGAUACGAGUGUUUCAGAAGAUGGACGGAGCAAUAUGGAGAUGUUUACACAUUUUGGAUGGGAACCACUCCGUAUGUGGUAAUGAGCUCUUAUGAUCGUCUGAAAAGUACAUUUAUUCGAGAUGGUGAUACCUACAAAGACAAAUAUAUUCAAUCCUUCAAUGAAAAAUUUCGCGGUGGUGCAUACGGUAUCGUCGACACAAACGGCCACCUCUGGAACACUCAUCGUAGAUUCGCUCUCGCUACUUUCCGCGAUAUGGGGCUCGGGAAGGACGUGAUGCAACAAAAAGUAUUGAUCGAGGUACAAGAAGUGUUUAGAAAAUUUGAUGAGCAUCUUGGAGUGAAGCAGGAUAUACAGAUUGUUUUCAAUAAUGCAAUUGCGAAUGUCAUUAAUCAAGUAGUGUUUGGAUAUCGGUUUGAUGAUGGAAGAGAAAAUGAAUUCAACACAAUGAAAGAUUUGAUUGAAUAUUUUGAGAAGACGUUUUCUACCUUCAAAGUUUUCGUGCAAGUGUUUGCCCCAGCGCUUGGUAAAUGGCUUCCAGGACAAUCUGUCGACGAUUUGUUUGACGAGUUCAAGAAAAAUUUUCAUAACUUUUUCAACACUCAAAUUGAAAAUCAUAGAAAGAAGAUUGAUUUCGACAGUGAGGAGAGCUUAGAUUAUGCUGAAGCUUAUCUCAAAGAACAAAGAAAAAGAGAAACUGAAGGAGAUUCAGAGUUGUUCUCAGAUAGACAGUUAGUAAAUACUUGUAUGGAUAUUUGGUUUGCUGGAUUUUCUACAACUAACACCACAACAAGUUGGAUUAUUUCUUAUAUCAUGAACACUCCGGGGCUUCAAGAGAGAAUACAAGAAGAGUUAGACAGAGUGAUUGGAGAUGAUAGAUUGAUAACAACAGCUGAUAAGAAUGAUCUACCCUUCAUGAAUGCAGUUAUCAAUGAAUCUCAGAGAUGUGCUAAUAUUCUUCCUAUCAACUUGCUUCAUAUGACAGCCAAGGAUACAGUAAUCGAUGGAUACCAAAUCAAAAAGGGAACAGGAGUUAUUGCUCAGAUCAGCACAGUGAUGUUGGAUGAGAAAACGUUCCCAGAGCCAUAUACUUUCAAUGCGGACAGGUUUAUUGAUGAGAAUGGAAAACUCAAAAAAGUAGAGGAACUCAUUCCAUUUUCGAUUGGAAAGAGACAGUGCAUGGGUGAAGGACUUGCUCGGAUGGAAUUGUUCCUCUUCAUCUCUAAUUUAUUCAAUAGAUAUCAGGUAUCCCCAUCAUCCGAAGGGCCGCCAUCCAUCGACAAAAGUGACAAAGUUGGUGUAUUUCCGAGAAAGAUUAAUGCUAUUCUCACCAAGAGGCAUUGA